UAGAGGUUUGAGGCCAGCGACCAAUCAGAGUUAGACAUCUGUUCUGAGACGAGAGGAGAGCAGCAGCGGCGUCUCAGCGUUUUCACUGUACCAUCACUGGUGCCUCGGCGCGUCACUAUGUCCGCCCUGUCGCUGCUUUUAAUGGCCGUGUCGGCUGCGUCCGUGCUGGCCGAUUCCACUGUGUUUUACCGUGAGCAAUUUGAAGAUGGAGAUGCCUGGACGAGUCGCUGGGUGGAAUCGAAACACAAGUCAGACUACGGCAAGUUUGUCCUGACUGCAGGGAAGUUCUACGGAGAUGCAGAGAAGGACAAAGGUCUGCAGACGAGCCAAGAUGCCCGCUUCUAUGCCAUGUCAGCACGUUUUGAUGACUUCAGCAACCAGGGCCAGUCGCUUGUUAUCCAGUUCACUGUGAAACACGAGCAGAGCAUUGACUGUGGUGGCGGCUACAUUAAACUCUUCCCCUCUGAGCUCAACCAGGAGGAAAUGCAUGGAGACUCUGUCUAUAACAUCAUGUUUGGUCCUGAUAUUUGUGGCCCUGGAACGAAGAAAGUUCAUGUCAUCUUCAACUACAAAGGCAAGAACCAUCUGAUCAACAAGGACAUUAGAUGCAAGGAUGAUGAAUACACACACUUGUACACACUCAUUGUCAACCCUGACAACACCUACGAAGUAAAGAUUGACAAUAAGAAGGUUGAGUCAGGCAAUCUGGAGGACGACUGGGAUUUCCUGCCUCCCAAAAAAAUUAAGGACUCUGAAGCCAAAAAGCCAGAGGACUGGGAUGACAAGGAGAGGAUUCCUGACCCUGAUGAUAAGAAACCAGAGGACUGGGACAAACCAGAGAACAUCCCAGAUCCUGAUGCUAAGAAGCCAGAGGACUGGGAUGAUGAGAUGGAUGGAGAGUGGGAGCCACCUAUGGUCACUAACCCUGAAUACAAGGGUGAGUGGAAACCAAGAGAGAUCGACAAUCCUGCCUACAAGGGCAAGUGGAUCCACCCUGAGAUUGACAACCCCGAGUACACAGCUGAUUCUGAGAUCUAUAAAUACAACAGCAUUGGUGUGAUUGGACUGGACCUGUGGCAGGUAAAGUCUGGUACCAUCUUUGACAACUUCCUCAUCACAAAUGACCCAAAAGUGGCAGAGGAAGUUGGCAAUGACACGUGGGGUAAAACUAAGGAUGCAGAAAAAAAGAUGAAAGAAGGCCAAGAGGAAGAGGAGAGGAAGAAGCGCGAGGAAGAGGACAAGGUAAGGCGAGAAGAAGCAAAGGAGGAGGAGGAAGAAAAAGAGGAAGAGGAGGAAGAUGAAGAGGAGGAGGAGGAGGAGGAAGGAGAGGAGCAAGACGAGGAAGAGGAAGAUGAAGGCACAGACCCCAAUCUCAAGGAUGAGUUAUAAACUCCUCAAUGUAACAGUUUAGAAAUGAACUAGUCUGUGGAUGGGAACAAUGCUGGACACUGAGAUUGGACCUCAUGACUGACCUGUGAGGUUGGGCUUUAUUUAGUUUUUGUUUACAAAGUGAGGAAAUUGAUGAAAGGGACAAUUGCUGUUCAGUUUAACAUUAUUGUUAAUAUUAUUAUUAUUAUGAUUACAUAAGAAAUAAUAGGAAGAUGAGAUAAUGAAUGUCAGGAAAUUAUAACGUGUGUGUGUGUUUGUUUGUUUCUGUUUGUACCCAAUGAAAAGAAUCUGGGUUUUAAUGAAGUAUCAUGUAGUGAUGCUAAACACUAUAUUUGGUAUGUGGAUGAUAACAUGUACAAGUUUUGUUUACCUCAUUUGUUUUGUCAUACUUUCGGUGUCAUGUCAUUGUUUUGUUUUGAGUCAUCUUUUUGUAGUCGGCCACGUUAAUGACGACCGACUACAAAAUGGUUUCAUCAGGUUGGAGGAUGUCGUUCAGAUGAUUCUACCUGCUGGUGUAUAAAAUGUUUUAGAAUCAAACGGGGCGCAGGGACAAAAUCAAGUCCGAAACUAUGUAACGGCCAGUGUGUUGUUGAAAGGCUGUUGGUUGGCUUUUGUACUGUAAAUGAACACUUUUUCACUUCAACGCACAUACUAUAGUCCUGUGUGUCAGAACAAACUGUACGUAAGCUCCGAUGUACAUUAAGAGCACUCCAGUAGCAGUAAAGCUUCCAUUCAUUUGCUCAAUUCAAAGCGUUCAUAUAAGAUUUACUUCUAGUUGGUGUACACACAACCAGCUUCCUUGUUUCUGUCUGCACUGAUAUACUCAACAACACUGUCUGAACAGCCUGAAACUGGAUCCUUUUGUAAAAGAACACAUUUUGUACUAAUGGUAGUAACUGAAGGGGGAAAUUUUCAUGUUGCUGUAUUGAUAAAAGGCAGGUGUUCUGUCAAAUAAAAUAUUAGCAGUG